UGUGGUUCUCGCGGAAUGCCUUCCGUAGAGAUAUCAGUUCAAACGGCACGGUUUCUCCAUAUAAUAAUAGGCUUUUAGUUUGAAAUUCUGCUGGAAAGUUAUAGUUACUGUAAAAUGGACCCAUUAUUGCAUUUCACCGAGGGGGAAUUUUAUCAAGUCAAUUUCGACUCAAGGGCAUACCUCGACACGUUCUUUUCAAAUCCAAGUGGUCAUACCGAUGAAAAUUUUCUUGCGUUUGUUUUACAUCGAUUGAGUGAAACAUUCUCCUCAGGGAAAUACAAAGGUCAGCGCCUGAUAGACGUUGGCAGCGCAGCGUCGAUUCACUGCGUUAUCAGUGCUUGUGCGCACUUUGACCACAUCGUCCUGUCGGACUUCGCAGACAGAAAUCGCGCUGAACUCAGCCAAUGGCUCUGUAACGCGCCUGGUUGUUUCGACUGGACCCCGGUGAUCCAACACGUUUGUCACAUGGAGAAAGAAAGAAGCCCCGUUGAAGUGGAGGCCCUCCUUAGGCAGCGAGUGCAAAGCGUUGUGAAGUGUGAUGUGCGCCUGGAGAACCCUUUCCACCCUUUGACCCAAGAGCCGGCGGAUUGCGUGAUUACGUCUUUAUGUUUGGAGGCGGCGUGUAAAGACUUGCCAUCUUAUUGUGAAGCUCUUCGUAAUGUCACAUCAUUCGUAAAGCCAGGUGGAAUACUUGUGAUGAUCGGUGUUCUUGGAGAGUCAUUUUACACUGUAGCUGGACAACGCUUCUCCUGUUUACGCCUGACACGCAGCGACAUCGAAGAGACACUGCGUAAACUACAACUCUCUAUUCUACACUUUAGCAUGUUAGAAAAUGAAGCCGUGGAAAUCAACCAUGUUUCAGACUAUGAAGCUGUAUUUUAUCUUGUAGCUCUAAAAUUCAUUUGAAAUCCAUCGACCGCCUGUUGCUCUUAUGCACGCCGAGGCGAGCACAUAGUCUUCUACUUAGAUAAUGCUAUGGAAAAGCCUGGUAGCAUAUAGCCUAAAUCGAAUUAAUACUGUAAUACAAUCGUUCUAAUAGUAAUGCAAUUUGUAUUAAAUGUUAUUUGUAUAGCGCCCUCAUACAGUAAAUCAUGUAUAGCUUCUAUGAAGAACAUGCAGCACAAAUGACAAAAGUUAAGCAAACAGCAAAAACGAGACGAACAGAGAUAGCAAGACAAAACUCACAAAGCAAAACUGAAGAUAAAGCAAAAAGACAGUAUAACAGAUAAAAAGGUUUGUGUGUAGUGUGUAGGGUGAUAUCAGGUAAAAUGGGCCAUCAGGUAAAAUGGGCCAUUUAAGGUUUGGGGGUCCCAGCCCCUCUGGAAUUUAGAGCCAAUGACUGCAAAGGGUGUUAAACUGUUGUCAUAACUGUGCUUGACAAGUAACAGGUGAUUUGAUUGGUUUAUGGUUGCUAUGGUGGGCAGGGCAAUAAUGCUAAUCAAGACUGCACCAGAAAACUGUAUGGUAAGUAGCCUGGCAUAGCGAAUCUGACUAAACUAUUAUAAGGAUGAUAAAUCUAUAAAAAAACAAACAUGCCCAUAAAAAAAACUAUGCAUUAUAUCUGUCUUGAUGGCAUCCAUCAGAAUUAAUGUUGUUAGCUUGGUAUAUGAACAUAUUUUUUGGAAAAAUCAUGUUUUUCUUGGCGGCCCAAUUUACCUUAACCCAUUCAGGUAAAAUGGGCCAUAUGGUUUCAGCUAAAAUGGGCCAUCCUAUGGGCCCAUUCUAAUGGGCCACAUACACAUGUGUGUGAGUGUGUGUGUGUGUGUGUGUGUGUGUAUGUGUGUGUGUGUGUGUGUGUGUGUGUGUGUGUGUCACGGUGUAUCUCUCUCUCUCUGUGUGUGUAGCCUAUGUACCCACACACCGACUGACACACAC